UUGGGCGGGUUUUGGGGGCGCUGCCGUUGAGACCGCUGAGACCCCCCCUCGACCUGCCUGCAAAAAUCGAUCCGCAAAAGGGAGUAGUGCAGUAGAGAGUUCUUUCCGUGAUGUCCUCGCUGGUGGAAAUGGGAAUGUGCCGCUUUUACCACUCGUGUGUGUUACACUAGUCAAAAAAGUGUCGGCCCUGUGGACUAACCUGUGACUUCGCCAGACUAUCAACAUGACCAAGGACAGGCUCGCCGCCCUAAAAGCGGCACAAGGUGAAGACGACGUUUCCGUCACAGUAGAAGAUGGGGCAAACUUCAUGGAAGAAUUCUUUGCAGAGGUGGAGGAGAUUCGGGAGAACAUCGACAAAAUACAAGCAAAUGUCGAAGAAGUCAAGAAAAAACACAGUGCCAUUUUAUCAGCUCCACAGACUGAUGAGAAGGUCAAGCAUGAGCUGGAGGACCUUAUGGCUGACAUCAAGAAGACUGCCAACAAAGUUCGGGCCAAGUUAAAGGUCAUGGAGCAGAACAUUGAACAAUUGGAACAGACGCAGAUGAUGUCCGCAGACUUCAGGAUACGCAAAACACAGCAUUCAAUGCUGUCUCAGAAGUUCGUGGAAGUGAUGACAGACUACAACAAAACCCAAACAGAUUACAGGGAGCGGUGCAAGGCCCGCAUUCAGCGGCAACUAGAAAUCACUGGGCGUAUGACAACCAACGAAGAGCUUGAAGAGAUGUUGGAGAGCGGGAACCCUGCCAUCUUUACACAAGGAAUCAUCAUGGAGACGCAGCAGGCAAAGCAGACCCUGGCAGACAUCGAGGCCCGUCAUGCAGACAUCAUCAAGCUGGAGACGAGCAUUCGGGAGCUACAUGACAUGUUCAUGGACAUGGCCAUGCUCGUCGAGAGCCAGGGAGAGAUGAUCGACAGGAUUGAAUACCACGUAGAGCACGCACGGGACUACAUCGAGACUGCCAAGCAGGAUACCAAAAAAGCACUCGUCUACCAAAGCAAGGCCCGAAGGAAGUGCAUCAUUAUAAUCUCCAUCGUGGCUGUGAUACUCAUCAUUAUAAUCAUAAUCCUUGCCGUGCAAUUGUCGUGAGGGACCAGAAGAACCUGGAACAAGAAAAAAUGAGGAAGGCUACGCCGUGUUUGAGCGUGCGCACACAGACGCUGACGACGACGCGAAACACGUCCCCCGUUCUUCGCGGCUGUCCUUCCCUCCCUCCUCUUCCAGGCACAGCACAUUCUUCACACCCAGCGACAAACGUGCAUGCCGCCUCGAGUGUUUGGCUACCCGCGCUAAUUGCUGAACGACAUUUUGGUUGUAUCUCUUUUUUUUUUUCUUCAGUUACUCGAUGUUCCUUGGUUUCUUUCGUUUGACCAAGCUUGGGUGUGUAAGCAGUUGCCUUCCUUUUCUUUAGUGGUGUGCCGCGUAAUUCAGUUAUCCCGGUAUUAUUCGCAGGCAGGACUCGACUCUAGUAGGGGGGCAUAGGACGAAGUCAACUCUUGUCCGAAGUAGCGUAAUGCUUUAGCGUAAUGCUCCUCAGCCAUUGUUAAGUAAGGAGGAGGUGCUUGUGAAAUGCAUAUAUGCUCUGGUGCUUUUCUGUAAGCACAAGCAAUCCCUUCUCGUAUAACUCGAAGUCUUACAGCCGCUGCAGAGUGUUAUGCAAGCACAGCGGCUGCCUUGGCUGAGGUGCUCAGCACUUGCUUUCUGAAGUUCAAUGAAUCGUUUAGUAGAGGAACAUUCAAUUAUACAUGAGUUGGCACUUUGUAGGCACAAUGAAGAGUUUGCUGCAGAUUAUGUGAGAUUAGGAACAGUAUGAAUGUGAACAGCGCUGUGUGAGACAGAGCCUAAAUCAAAAAGGGGAGGCCAGCUUUACCUGCUGCUUGCACAACAAUGAACCAUUUAGUAUGUGUCCAGUUGGCUGCUUUCACCCACUGCUAAGGGGAGCCGCACGACACCAGUGGUGCACCGAGAAGAAAUGUGUGUUCUUGCUUUGAAUGAUGUUCUGCAGCGCUGAUCAUAUGUGUAAUCUUAUAGAGUGGGCACGUGUAUGUGCACGCAUUGUGGAUCCUUUUUUAAUUGUUCGCGAGGUGGUGUUAGGAAGGUGACGAAACAUGAGAUGAGAGAAACAAGAGUGCGGUGCAUGAUGUCUUUUAUGCUUUUCCUAUUGAAAGCACGAAACAAACAUCUGAACGGAGUGUAUUAUGGAAAUCUUUUCUCAUUUUUCUGCACCUUUAGCUUGUCACUUCAUAUUUUGUUGAUACAUUAUAGCGAGGCAUUAGUUUAGGUUCAGCUUUCCAAUUGCGUCAUAUUUGUUUCUUGCAAACUUACAGAGCAAGUUUCACAACUGUAUGCCUGACUGAAGUCUAGAUGAACCAUCAUUGGUUGAAGUGUGACCUUCGAUUGGCUGUAUGCAGUUCAUUUGCACGUAACUUGUACGUAAACUCGCCAAAAAUUUAACUACAGUGCAAUAAGCAUGAGUGAAAUCUAAGCUAGCUAUUGUGAAUUAUAAUUAACACAGAAACUAAAGAGCACUAACUUGACAUGAAAAAGACCUUCCCAAUUUAAGAAAAUAAUGGCAUUGCGCACGCGUAGGCUUUAUAAUUGCAUGUGCCAGUCUUAGCAUGAAGCACAUCAGCGUUCUGCAGGAGGUAAACGAGUAAGGUCGUUUAAAAGAAAGUGGGCAGGCAUUGUGCAAUUCAAUUAAUAAAUACAUUGCUAUAGUCGGGUACAACUUUAGAAUUCAGUAGCAUUUCCACCUUGAUGGCGGAUGCAUGCAAGCCUGCGCCAAUGAGCGCGCGUUCUAUACUGACAUCAUAAGCCGGUCUUUCGGUGACUCCGCCAUCAGGAAACAUUGCCAAGUACAUUAGCAAGACUGUGUCUUUAUUUGCGGAGGCAGUUGGCUGCCGCGUUUCAGUCAUCUGGGCGGCGCCUGUCCUGCCUUCUUAAGUUCUACCUAACUAUAGGUACCCUUUCGACAACGUAAUGGAGCUGGGGAAAAAAGUAGCAUGCCAACCAAGAAUGAGAGGCACAUUUCGCGUAUUCAUCUUCCCUGCAGUUUUAAUGUAGUUAAGCUACUAAAAUUUGGCUGCAACGCCACAUUUCUCAGUAGGCAACACUAGUUCUUCAAUCUUUGCAUGUAUGGUUUGCAAGGGAUGGCUUGCUGGCAAAGCAAGCCUGAGACAUUUGCUUGCAGACAUGCUUUAUGUUCCUAUCUAUGCACAGCGUUUAGCACAGCAUUUUUCGAGACGCAUGGUAAAAACAAAGAUGUGUCCUUUGUGGUUCUGGGAGGCUUGGCUUGAAGCUUUAGGAGGCGCCGCCACUUACUAGUCGCAAUGCAAGGUUCACAAACGGCCAGGCUUUUUGUGUUUGUGUUCUUUCUUUUUUUAUGUUACUCUGCAGUUUUCUGUCAUGAUUCCAAUGCGUGGGUCUCGUGGCCACAUGCUUUGUGAGCAGGUUUUUGUUUUCAGAUUGACACCGAUCGUAGAGAGCCAAUAUUCUAAUUUUUGUUUCAUCACUGUAUCUCUUAUUUUGUAAUUGUUUCAACUCUAGUGUUAAUUUUUGGGUUUCUCACUUGUUUUUUUUUUUCUUUGUUUUGUUUGCUUGUGCUUCAUGUAUUACAACUUGUGAGAUGGUGCUCUAUGUAUAGGGAAGGUGCUGUCAUCUGUGCCGUCUUCCAAACGAUUUAAACCCAAUUGUAAAGUGGGUGUAUAGUGUGGCUAAGGUACGGGUGCUCAUUGCUACAGUGCUGACACGUUCUGUGGACACACUCAAACACACACACAAAAAAAAAUGUUUUGGUGAUCUUUGGCACUGCCAUUAUGAACAAAUCUUGUUUUGUGUAGCUAUAUUUGGAGUCUACAUCAAAGUGUGUUGUUCUCAAUUCAUUUGUUAUUUAGUGCACACUCCUUCAUGUUGGCUGCAGUGUGCCGGUGCUUUCAGUGUCGUCGCUUCUCUUCACAAAUUAUCCACAUGGUGCGGGUUAGUGGGCUGUUUUUCUGUUGCUUUUUGUUUUUAUACUGUUUGAAAGGACCCUUGAAAAAAAAAUCUAAACCUUUUCGCGUAACAUGGUCUGGAUUUCUUAGCAUGUCGGGCAUUAUGCAUGAUGCAAAACUGCUAACUACUGCAUGAUAGUUGAACGAAGUAAUUUCAGGUGCAGAGUUACUUUUGGCCUCGCUGCAAAAGAGGGAACGUCAUUAGUUGAGUUCCUUGAACGGUGUUCUAGCCAUUCACUGCUUGUGAGAUUCGAGUGUUGACCGUUUGAGCAAAAUUCUUGCACACGUGUUGUCAUUGACAGAGACGCCUGCAAAACGCUGAAAGGAAACUUUGCGUGUCAACGCAGAAUACGGCCAUGGUCAUCAGCCUCUCAUACGUGUCUGAACACUUGCGGAUGUUAUUGCUCUUCCUUGCUUAGACUUCAGCAGGACAUUAACAAGCGCAUGAGGUUGGCCAUCUCAGUUGUGGGGGAUUAAGACGAGCAGGCAUUAUGCACUUGCAAAAUCUUGUGCAUGGCUUAGUGGCAUUCACUUAGUGCCGGACACUCUGGUUCUGCAGUGCCUGACAACUCGUCUGAAUAUCUGCGAUUCCUUAGGAAUGCAGGGUAGUUGAAGCUUGUGUAAUCACUGUGCCUUUGCAUGAAAUGCACGUUUGCUCGUGAAAGGGGAGACGAUAAUUGCUUGAUGUACCUGCUUGUUGAGAAUUCUAGCUGUCAUCCCAGUUGCGUUCUUUCUGCCGUUUGUGAAAACAUAAAUCUAGAUAAACUAUAGCGUUGCGUCAAUGGCACAGGCCUCUCUUUGGUGGAAGUACUAGUUACAUGACAUAUGGCUUGGCUGCUGCUUGGCUAGCAAUGUGAAAAUUGCUACUGUACUCAGACUUGUGACCAAUCGAUGUGACCUAGUGACUUUGCUUACCCUUGUUUUCUUUUAAGGAAAAACAAUUGCUGUAUUUUUUUGAAACUUUUAGUGUGUGUUGGUUGCUGUGUCUGUUCCUUUGCCGAGAAGUCUUUCUUUCUUUUUUUGUGUCAAUUUCUCGUCUAGGCUGUCGGUAAUAGCUAUUUGUGUGCCAGAAGAAAAAUAUAUGUGCAUAUAUAUAAAUACAGUAUAUAUACAUUUUA